AUGCUGCGACAGGGACACCUCAAAGAAUUGCUGAGCGAUCGGGGAAGGACUAACUUUUCUAGGGGACGCGAACAACAUCAAGGGUUGCCGAAACCGCCCUCGCCAGCCCGUACCAUCCACAUGAUCAUCGGUGGCGGGGACGACGCUUCCAUCAACAACGUGAAGUUCACCAUAACCCACAAGCUCAAACGGUCGAUCACCCAUAAACGGUAUGCUGAACUCGAAGAAAGUAUCUUCUUCGAUAAGUCAGAUACCAACGGUUUGGCUUUCCUCGACUAUGAUGCCCUCGUUAUUACUUUACAAAUUUUAGAUAUCGACGUAAGACGGAUUAUGGUAGAUGAUGGCAGCGGCGCGUGUAUUAUCCAUCCUCGAGUACUCGCACAAAUGGAACUCGAGGAUAAAAUUGUGCCCCGCUUCAUCACACUAACAGGUUUUAACAAUGUAGUUGAGCGAACGUUUGGCGAGAUCACACUCCCCGUCCUAGCGGGUGGCGUCACUCUGGAGACCACGUUCCACAUCAUGGACCAGGACACAACAUACAACGCCAUCAUAGGGCGACCAUAG